AUGAAACAAAAACAAGUGGAAUACAGUCUGUUUAGCAAACUACCCAUUCCUUAACAUUAGUCGAAGUUCCCCCACUACACAAACACAGUCACACAUUACAACUAUAUAUACACACACAAACACACACACUCUCACUAAACCAUCCAAAAAAUCAACUCUUGUCCACAGCUAGCCAUGACCACCUCACUCCCUCCUCCCCUACUCUUCCUCUCACUCUCUCUCCUCUUUCUCUCUCUAGCCCAAGGGCUGAACCAACCCCAGUGUGACGCACCGCAGCAAGGCUCAACCCUCCAAGUCUUCCAUAUCUACAGCCCAUGCUCACCAUUCAGGCCGCGAAAGCCACUCUCAUGGGAAGAGAGUGUGCUUCAAAUGGAGUCCAAAGACCAAGCCAGGCUGCAGUACUUGGCCAGCCUCGUCGCCGGCAAGUCGGUGGUGCCCAUAGCUUCCGGCAGGCAGAUCAUGCAGAGCGCAACCUAUAUUGUGAAGGCUAAGAUUGGUACACCACCUCAGACCAUGCUCAUGGCUAUGGACACCAACAAUGACGCUGCGUGGAUACCAUGCACCGGCUGCGUAGGGUGCUCCUCCGCCGUGUUUUCUCCGGUGAAGUCCACCACUUUCAAGCCCCUUGGCUGCCAAGCUGCUCAGUGCAAGCAGGUACCAAAUCCCACCUGCCCAGGCGGCGCGUGCAGCUUCAACUUGACGUACGGCGGCUCCAGCAUAGCAGCUAACCUCUCACAAGACACCAUGACCCUCUCCACCGACCCCGUUCCCCGAUACACCUUCGGGUGCAUCCAGAAGGCCACCGGCAGCUCUCUGCCGCCGCAGGGUCUCUUGGGCCUGGGAAGGGGUCCAUUGUCUUUAUUGUCCCAGACUCAAAAUCUUUACAAGUCCACUUUCUCUUAUUGCUUGCCCAGCUUCAAGACCCCUAACUUCUCCGGGUCCCUCAGACUUGGGCCCAUUGGUCAGCCCAAGAGAAUCAAGUAUACCCAAUUGUUGAGGAACCCGAGAAGGUCAUCCCUUUACUACGUCAAUAUGGUCGGAAUUAGAGUCGGCCGGCGAAUCGUCGACAUUCCUCCGAAUGCGUUGGCCUUCAAUCCGACCACCGGUGCCGGGACCAUCUUUGAUUCUGGCACGGUCUUCACUAGGCUAGUCGCGCCAGCCUACAUUGCAGUGAGAGACGCAUUCCGCAGGAGGGUCGGCAAUGUAACAGUGUCGGCAUUGGGCGGAUUCGACACAUGUUACACUACUCCGAUCGUUGCCCCGACCAUAACGUUCAUGUUCAAGGGCAUGAACGUGUCGCUGCCACCGGACAACCUGCUGAUCCACAGCAGCUCGGGCAGCACCACGUGCCUGGCCAUGGCAGCGGCCCCGGACAACGUGAAUUCGGUGCUGAAUGUCAUAGCCAACAUGCAGCAACAGAACCACAGGCUGCUCUUUGACGUGCCCAAUUCGAAGCUUGGCGUGGCGCGUGAACGUUGUACUUGAUUUGCCGGCGGUGGCGGUGACUUAGUAGUUGUUAGUAGCGGUGGUGAAGUGUUUGGUGAAUUUGGUUGAUUUUACUAGUACCGCUUAGUUUGGUGUCUUUUAGGGACUAUGGUUUUUUACCAAGUGUGUAUUAUUACUAGUGUUACUGCUAAAAAGUCGAUACCAGUGUUUUUGUAGUUUUGUAUUGUACUGAGGUUUGUCACGGGUUGUCUGUUACCUUUGUCCCCCAUCUUAGGUCCCACAAUCACAGGGUACCUGCAGGGACGUGGAAAAUCUGUCUCUCUCUCUCUCUCUCUCUCUCUCUCCAGUUUUUCAGUUUAAUAAAUUAUAGUGAUUUGUAUUAUUGCAACUGUGAGGUCUGAUAUUAGGACCCACCUCAAGUAUUUUUAUGUUACCUUUGCUGUAUCAAUAAAAUUGUUAGAAUCAGUGAAUCCAAAUUAAAUCCAA